AUGAUAACUAUAUCAAGUAGCGGCGGAACAGGUGGCAAGCUCACAAGCGUGACAGUUAUUCUGGCGGGAGUGGCUUCACUUGUCGCUACUCUUAUAUCAUUAUUAUCGAUAUGGCUGCAGUCCAAGAACUACAGAAAGCCGCUGCUUCAACGAUAUGUCGUUCGAAUCCUUCUCAUGGUUCCAAUAUAUGCGGCUUCAUCAUGGGCCUCGAUCGUUUCUUUAAAAGCCGCAUUCUACCUCGACCCUCUUCGAGAUAUCUAUGAGGCACUCACCAUAUACACAUUUCUACAACUCCUCGUCAAUUUCCUGGGGGGCGAGCGUUCCCUCAUCAUCAUGAUGCAUGGGAGAACCCCCGUUUCGCACCCUUGGCCGAUAAACCUCUACUUCUCAAAAGUCGAUCUCUCCGAUCCGCAUACAUUCCUCGCCAUCAAGAGAGGCAUCUUGCAAUAUGCCUGGCUCAAACCGAUACUCAGUGUGGCCACGAUCAUUCUCAAACUCACAGGCACAUAUCAAGAAGGCUACAUUGGACUCACCUCGGGAUAUUUUUGGAUAGGCCUUUUGUACAACAUCAGCGUGACGUUGAGCUUGUACUCGUUGGCAAUGUUCUGGGUGUGUACGCAUCAGGACCUCAAGCCCUUCCGUCCAAUGCCCAAAUUCUUGUGUAUCAAGCUCAUCAUCUUUGCCUCAUACUGGCAAGGUUUCUUUCUGUCGAUUCUCCAAUUCCUUGGUGCUAUUCCCAACGACGUACCAGGGUAUACCGAAGACAACUUGGCUGCUGCCAUUCAGGACGCGUUGAUUUGCUUUGAAAUGCCCAUAUUUGCUGUUGCACAUUGGUAUGCCUUCUCGUGGCAUGACUACGCGGACGAUACCAUUUCGGCAGCUCGUAUGCCAGUGAAGUACGCAUUGAGGGACGCGUUUGGACCCCGAGAUUUGAUUGAAGACACAAAGGAGACGUUCCGGGGAAAGCAAUAUGAUUACCGGACUUUUGACUCUGGAGAUAAUGUUAUCGCGCACGAGGAGUCGCGUUCACGGGUUGCAAGAAUGAUGGAUGGCAUGAGAUAUGAAAGAGGAGGCAAAGGAAAGUAUUGGAUCCCGAAGCCACAACCACCUAGCAGCCGAACUCCUUUACUACGGAAAGAUGGAUCGUCGAGACCUCUUGCACCCGAAUCAAGAGGCAAAGCUCAUGAUUACCGAGCCGCAGAACCCGACUGGGAGAUGGGAAUUGACGCCGAAGACGAAAGAUUGUAUACCAAUGCGCGAGCUUUAGAGUUUGGCGAUUGGAACUACCCCGUGAUAACGGCACACCAAGCACGACGCGAAGACUGGCUCCGUCGGAACCCAGCUCUUCUGACUCCCUCCACGAACCGCAACGUCUUCCAACCGACUCGCGACAACCGGUCGCGGCGACGCAGUGAAAUCAAACAUAGUAUCCAAAAGGGCAAGAACCGAAGUACCUCACCAUCCCAGGACUCUUCGGGUCAGCCUCGACAGCACAGCUCUAUCGAAGCCAAGCGGAAAUGUGAGCACUCAGAGUCUGCCUCAGGGAAUUCCGACCGAAGUCAGCUUGUGGACCUCGUGGUUGAAGACACUGAAGCAGAAGAAGCGGAGCGAGUCCGCGCAAGAAAAGAGGGUGGUAAUGCUUGGAAUCAAAACCUACCGCGGCACUUCGCCCGUACGUAUAGUAUCGAUGAAGAAGCCCCAGAAGGCCAGGAUAUUCGUGAAGGUUGGGAUCCUAGCAAGAUCCCCGCGAAGCAUCCACUGGCAGAGCAUGCAGUCAAUGACGAAGAGGAUGAUAAUUCCCCUGAAGACGGAGGUCAGGGCUCAAGUCAGAAUGGUGGUGAGGGUAGGUACGGCAGCCUGAUUGAAGAGGACAAUGUAUGGGGUCAAGGCUGA